AUGGCCUGGACGGUGCACGAAGAUGAAUACAGGAGGGAAACAUACGAUAACCUCGAGGAGAUCCUGCAGUACGUGGUUCAAACGGAGGAAGGCGCGCAGCAGUCGAAGUCUACUGGAAAGUACACCAAGAGCUCGCAGGUAUUUUCGACGCCGUCUCCGCUGACCGUUACGGAGCUGAGCUCACCCAUCAAGCACCAGCUUACGAAUGCUUUCCCAUGGCAGUUACAGAGCCCUAUGACAAACAACUCUUCCUUUCAUAACAUGGGCAUUCCGUACACUCCAGCGCAGAGCCCCCAGCAGCGCUGCUGCAACAACCGCUUCAACAGCAGUUACGGCGACUACUACGACCGUAAACCGAAGAUCAUAAAGAGUAGUGAGGCUUACGUUCUCUCUCCAGGAGCGGAAAAGCGAGACAUGAGUGCCGGACAAAUGGACUACAUGAUGGCCAUGGAGGUGAACAGUAUGCCACUGCCUGACGUGACGAGGCAGAAGGAGGCACUUGCUUCACCGGAUAUGGUGGUGGGCGGAGGUUACGGCGACUGGUCAGGAAAUGGCAGCAAAUACUCUCAGAGUGAUGCCGUUACCGCCGAUAGCCUGCGAGGCAGGGUGUACGAAACCGCGAAGGACCAGCACGGCUGUCGCUAUCUGCAGCGAUGGCUAGACACGAACUGCGACCCUGAGGUGGUACAGGUGAUCAUGGACGAAGUCAUUCCGCACGUGGGGGAGCUGAUGACAGACCAGUACGCGAACUUUCUUAUUCAAAAGUUGUUCGACAUCAUGCCAGAUGAUGUGCGAUACAAGGUUGCCAUCGUGGCGGCGCCACAGAUUUGCAUGAUUGCCCUCACACCGCAUGGUACGUUUAGCGUUCAGAAGAUGAUCGAAACGAUUUCGACGCGUGCUGAGAUGGAGAUUAUUUGCGAGGCACUUGCCAAGGAUGUUGUUCGACUAGUUAAGGAUGCACACGGAAACCAUGUGAUUCAAAAAGUGCUUCAGCGCUUCGACUUUGACGACAAGGAGUACAUCUACAGAGCGGUGGCGACGGACUGCGUGUCGAUUGCUAAGAACAAGCAGGGAUGCUGUGUGCUGCAGCGCUGUCUCGAAUACGCCUCACCGCAGCAAAAGGCUGCCCUUGUCGAUCAGGUGCUCGCUUGCUGCCUGCAAAUUGUCCAGGAUCCGUUCGGCAACUACGUCCUCCAGUACGUCCUAGAGGCGCACGAUAGCAAGAUAAACGACACCAUUGCCCUUUCCUUCCUACCCCACCUGGUUCAGCUGUCUAUGAACAAGUUCAGCUCCAACGUGAUGGAAAAAGUGUUGCGCGGUGCCUCGAAGCCGGUGCAGGUACUGUACGUGGAGGAGAUGUGCAACCCAGAGAUCAUUUCCCGCCUCAUUCAAGACGACUUCGGCAACUACGUCCUUCAGACAGCGCUCACGAUAAACGCACCAGCGCAGGCAGAGCAACUCGUGAACACUAUUCGUCCCUUUAUGCCGUUGAUCAAGAACGCACCGUACGCGAAGAAGAUGGAGGGCAAGAUGGAGGCUGUUGCACGGAAGAUGGAGGGUAACACCUUCCACUCACCGCGGGAAGAAUGUAUUGCUCGCCAAGGAAGCGGGGGCACCCCGCACAGCAAGUUCGACCGCUCUCCCAACUACGAGCGACACUACAUGAGCGGUGCAGAUCGGCAGCUGCAUUAUCAUCAUCCCACGCCAUGGCAGACAUCGUAG